AUAUACAUCACUGGAAGAGCAAACUGUGAAAGUCAGUGAAGAUAUUUGCGAAAGUUUUGUUAAAGAUGAUGAAUGACAUUUCGAACGGUGCCAUUAAUGGAACAGAUUUAAAUAUUGAGGACAAGUUAAGAAAUAUGACAACAGCGGACAAUACUUUUGAAGGUGACUCGCGAUUAAAGAUGUCGACCAGUGCAAACAAAAAAGUUGAUGAGGAGGCAAAUUACGAAAAUGCUGUGGCGGCGAUGUCACAAAAUUACGGCAAAAUUCUUCAGAACCUUGGAGAAGAUACAGAAAGGCAGGGACUAAGAAAAACACCAGAAAGGGCUGCAAAAGCAAUGAUGUUUUUUACGAAGGGAUACCGAGAAAAUAUUCAUGGGAAAACCCGAUUGCAUGGAGAAAACCCAAUUGUCGGGCAGGGUAACCAACAACCAAUCUCACAACCUAACCCGGGACACUCUGAUGUGCUGAAUGAUGCCAUAUUUGAUGAGGACCAUGAUGAGAUGGUGAUUGUCAAGGACAUCGAGAUGUUUUCACUGUGUGAACACCAUCUUGUUCCAUUUAUUGGCAAGGUUUCGAUAGGCUAUCUUCCAAACAAGAGAGUGCUGGGUCUGAGUAAAUUAGCAAGAAUUGUUGAAAUUUACAGUAGAAGGUUACAAGUUCAGGAGAGACUAACGAAGCAGAUUGCAGUGGCGAUAACAGAAGCGAUACAGCCAGCAGGAGUGGGUGUCGUUAUAGAGGCAACCCAUAUGUGCAUGGUCAUGAGAGGUGUACAGAAACUGAACAGCCGCACAGUCACAAGUACCAUGUUGGGCGUAUUCCGGGAAGACCCCAAAACAAGGGAAGAGUUUCUCACGCUUAUACGCUCAACGUGACUGUUUAAGGCACAAUGUUUGAGUUCCUCGAGAACAUGGUGCUGUGAUAUCCCUGUUGCUAGGGAAACUGUUAACCCUGUUGCUGGGGAAACUGUUAACCCUGUUACUAGGGAAGCUGUUAACACUGUUGCUAGGGAAACUGAUAACCAUGCUGCAAGGGAAAUUGCUAUCCCUGUUGCUAGGGAAACAGUAGACAUGACAAUGCUACAUUCCAUAACAACCAGAUGUUGUAAACAUUGGAGGACAUUGUGUUAAAUUAUAUUUUUACGUACAGGACAUUUUAUGCUUUUAUAUUGUGUUUUUAAACCAUUUUUGAGUUGUUAUCCCAAAUUGAUUGCCCUGUUGCCUGAGUUGUCAAUCAAACAAUUGGUUGACUAAUAAUGUUAUAUCUUUAAAAUAAUAAGCACAUGGUUGCAUUAUCCAUUAAAAUCACAGCUCAACACAACCUCUGGCAAAUGAUGUUGACACAUUGCAAUAGUUUGGUGAUUCAGGUCAAUUAUUUGAACUUCCAUCACUUGAUGUUUUGCAUUAUUCCUGACAACAUAACAACCAGACGUUGUUACAAUUCAGAGAACAUUUACUACAUAUGUUAUCCAUUGUAUUGCAUGAAUUUGACCACGAGUGAUGUUGGUUAUUUCAAAUAUAUUUAUUGUUUGUGUAUUUCUUGAAAGAACACUUCGUAUAUGGACUUAAAUCAAGACUGUUCCAUCACAUGAUAUUAGGCCCAACGGUUAAAACCUAAUAUAAUGAUACACUCAUAAUAGACUUCACCAUUAAAAGGAUUUUCUCAUGUUUUUGGACCAAAUAUUUGUUUUCCAGGUAAUGCAUCUAAAAACAAUCAUUUUAUCAUUAUUUUAAUCUAUGAUAUAGAAAAUUGCAGAAAAGAUAAAAUUAUAGUAAAAGAAAAGUGUUUUGGUUUCAGUGGGGUACAAACCCACUCCGGUAAAGUCAAGAAAAAAAUAGAAAAUGGAUGCCUUAACCACUUCACUAACUUCGCUCCUUUUUUCCAACAGAAAUCAGACCUCAUAUGACCCUUUUUGCAAUUUGUCUUUCUACUCAUAAAACUCUUUCAAAUGAUAUCAAAAUCAUAUGGGUUUACUGGUUAUUUUAUGAAAUUACAAAUUUUGGAAACCUAUGCAUGUAUCUUUAUAUGUACCUUUUGAGGUGUCAAAAACAUAAAAUGAAAAAAAUGAACAAAAUAGUACCAUUACUUUUAUGUACAACGAGAUCAAGAAAGUUUAUUCAAUUAUCAUAACAAACUAUUCAUAUUUAAAAUAACUAACAUGACCCAUGAUCAAAUUUAUGCAAUAUGUAAAGGCUCAUAUAUGCACUCCUGGUGAAAACAAAUAACAUGUAUCACAAUAUUAGCAAUUAUACCUAUACACUGUAAAGGGACUAGGCACCAGAUGGUACCAAAAUCGGCAAAUAUAGUAUUUCCUCAAAACAAGCCUAGAAAUAUCAAUACGAGCUAGUUAAAGGCUGAUAAUGCAUAAUUUUACAUGAUUUAAAGAAUACUUUUGCCGUUGUUUUUUCCAGCUGAGUUCACCUGUUUUAAAAGUAAAUAGGAUGUACAUGGUAGACAAACAAAUUUCAAAAUGGAAAAGUACACAAAAACUGUAUUACUUGUACACACUGCUUUGAAUUUUGCUUAUUUGAUAACUUAAAGUUUAAAGAAAGAUAAUUAAUUAUUACACUCUUUGUUCAACCUAAAAAUAUAAUAAUAAUUCAGUGAUAACAUAGCCCAAACUUUAGGCAGAUACUUAAAUACCUACUGAAAUGCAAUAAAAGAAAAGAAAAAAAAUUGUUUUUGACUAUAUAAGAUUAAUACGUGUUGUAUGUACAGAUAAAAUAUUCAACUAUACAUAAUACGCUAUAUCUAUUGACAAUAACUCUAAUGAAAUCUAUCAUAAUUUGUGCAUUUAAGCUGCAUGGUGAAUUUAUAAUGUUCACUUUAACCAUCUGAAAUUACUGAUAUGACCAUAUAACUUUUGACAAGAUUGGUACAAUAACGUCUGUAUUCAUUUCAACACAAACAUAAAAAUGAUAUAAAAUAUCAUCUUUAAGUGUGAUUACUUUUAAAAACACUUUUUUGUACUUUUUCAAUUGACUAUUUGAUUUUCAUUUGAAAAAAAAAAUGUAUAUUACUUGAGAUAUUAAUUUGAUUUUCAAUGUAGUGUUCAUUGACUUUUACUGAAACCAUAAAUACAUAUUUGAACAAUUAAUUUUUUUACGAUGCAAAAAUAUUUAUGUUGUGAAAUGGGCAAUCACCAUGAUAUUGAAAAACUUACAGACUGUUUCAUUUGAUUGAAACUCGUUGAAAAACGCCCCUUGAAUGUGCACUUUUAAUUUACAUGCCGAGUACGGACUACUUUUUGUAUGCUAUUUCAUGAAGAUGCUUUAUGAAAUAUAAGACCUCAAAUUAAAUUGCCUUUGUGGAUGAAAUAAUUGAUAAAAAAAUAAUAGUUAUUAAAAUUUUGUUAUUUAAAUUUAAUCUAGUUUUGUUUUAAUUUGAAAUUGAAUGUAUUUUAGUAUGUAGAAUAUGGGACCAACAUUUUUUUUAUUGACGUUUACUAUUUUAUAUUAUUGGACUUAUUGCAUGGUUGAAAUAUUUGCUUAUAAUUAUUUUGUAACUUGACUUCAUCUAAUUGUCAAAGAAAGCUUGUGUAGUUUGAUUCAAAUAUGUGUCUUUAUCAUUAUGUUCUAAAAUAUUACCAAAACAAAUUUAAAUUAAUAAGGAAACAUUUAAGAAUAUUUUAACAACUGAAGCACGAACAAAUAUAUCGUCCAUUUUGCAUCUGCAUAAAUGAAUAUUUUUUGACAUUAUAGACUAAGUUGGCCGCAAUUAAUAGAAUUGUGGUACAAUUUAAAACAGGGUAGCAUUUGCCACAUGUGUAACUAUUGUUUGUAUCAUUUGUGUAGUAAGUAAUAGUAAGAGUCCACUUUUGGAUUUCUGAUAGAUUAAGUGGGCAGGUCUGGCGGGGACUAAACAUUCAGAAGACCAAAAAUAGUUGCGAACAUUCUUAGUGUUCAGCACAAAAUGCUUCUAUACUGGCCAGUUUGCAUGUGCUAGCUUCUAAAUAACUCACUUUAUUAAACCAAUUACUUACAAAAUAGUGAUUUGCGGUUAUUUUCAUUACUAAAUGGAAAUUAUGUGGGGGGUUUCGUUACUAAAAGGAAAUUUGGCAGUUAUUUUCGUUACACUAAAUGGAAAUUUGGCAGUUAUUUUCGUUACACUAAAUGGAAAUUUGGCGGUUAUUUUCGUUACACUAAAUGGAAAUUUGGCAGUUAUUUUUGUUACACUAAAUGGAAAUUUGGCAGUUAUUUUCGUUACACUAAAUGGAAAUUUGGCAGUUAUUUUUGUUACAGUAAAUGGAAAUUUGGCAGUUAUUUUCGUUACUAAAUGGACUGUUAUUUGCUUAAUUAAUUUUUGUAGGUCAGAGCUCUUUUAAAUGAUUUAUUAUGAAUCUCUUCGGUGAUCCCAUUGGGGGAACCUAGAGUCCAAAAAAUGACGACUUAUAUAAACUCAAAUGACAUCACCUUCAAGAAAAAUUUAAGUUAACCAAGUAGGAUUACAUAACAAACUACUAACAAUGUGUAAAAUGAAUGAGAGAAUCUUUAAAAAUUAUAUAACAUAGCAAUGAUUGCCUGCAUAUGACGAACAUUUUCCUCCACAUGAAUUGCACAUUCUAACCUAAUAUUGUACAGGUUCGAAUGAGGGGUAGUGCAUUUUUUCAUGUAAAAGAAAUUUUGAAUACAAAUCAAACAUUAAAUUGUUGUAUUUUUUUGCAACACAUAUUAACCAAGUUUUCACAAAGUGAAACCUGGUUAUUAGAGUGACGUAUGUCAUUGUUCGGCUGGUGUCAAACUCACCUUUGGUUUGAAAUAACUUAAGUUAAGGUUGACCCAUUGUGACCAAACUUGGUAUAUAGAAAUAGCUAGAUUAUAAAAGACAUUUCAUGGCGUUGACAUUUUGUGACCUAACUUGGAAUAUAGGAUGAGUUUAUAGAGACUUUUCAUAGGAUUGCGUUUAGGACCCUAAGGAUCAAGGUCAAGUUCACAGUUAUUUAGAAUCGAAAAAUAGGUUGACUACAGUCUACGAAGACCUUGAUAGCAUUUCGGGCUCUUAUAGGGUCAAGGUCAGUCUACGAAGACCUUGAUGGCAUUUCGGGCUCUAAUAGGGUCAAGGUCAGUCUACGAAGACCUUGAUGGCAUUUCGGGCUCUAAUAGGGUCAAGGUCAGUCUACGAAGACCUUGAUGGCAUUUCGGGCUCUAAUAGGGUCAAGGUCAAUAUCACUGUUAAGAAAAAACAGUUAAAACUGAAUCUCUUAAUGAAGGCAGAAAUUCUUCUGUCAAUCAAUGAAAACCUAGUUUUGUCGCAUUACGGAGUUUCUUGUUGUAGUUUAAUAUUAGUUGGUUGUGGCCUUAGAAUGUAUUUAUGAUGGUGUUUUGCCAUGUUUUAUGUUUUUUAUUCUUCCUUGUAUAUGUAAGAGUAUGCAAACUUGGCUUUAAAAUAAACAUGUUUUGAGUUUAGUUUAGUUGAGCACGGUCUGUCUUUCAUAUAUUAAUACAGAGCCGAUAAGCGAAAAUUUCUCUCUCAAAAGAAAAUUAAAUAGAAAGGCUCAAUAAUUGUUUUAUUAUUGGAAGAUAAUGAAUUCAUUUGUUUUUAAAUCAUUUUUAAUUUGGUCAUAUUGUCUGCAUGAUGAUCAUUUUGUUUAUUUAAUUUUUAUCAUUUAUUAAAGAAUGUAAUCUACAAUAUUUCUGUGAUAAACUGGCACUUCAUAUUACAUGAACCAUGAUUUCUGAAUUCAUUCCCAAUGGAUUUGUAUGCAUGUCAUACAGAUAUAUUAUUUAGAUUAUUAAGACCAAGUCAUUGGACCAAGUUAGUAUGCAGUUGAGCUUAUAUCUAUAUAGAAGUUAUAUUUUAUUUGAUGUAUAUUAGUCAUGUAAGGAAAAUAAAACCAGGUUGUGCAGAGAUAUCAUUUUGUUAAUAUUACAAAAACAUUCAGUUUUUCAGUGUUUGCCAUUUAUCAUCAAAUGUCACUUCGUAAUCUUGUUAUUUUAUUUAAAGGAGCACAAUAAAGGUUGACACAAUAUAUUUACUUUUAAUUUGAAAGCAUUAUUAUGUUUAACUCAUUUGACUUAAUAUAACAGAAUAUAAUUUGUGUAUUGAUAAAAAAAUAUUAGCCUUUAUUAAUGGACUUUUUUAGAUAAUAGCUACAUAGCCAGAAAUUUCUAUGUCUAAAAAUCAGCAAAAUAUUGCUAAUAUUUUUUAACUGUGUCCCUUUAAAACAAUCAAUUGCAGAUUCUAUUUACCUUUGAUAUGUACAUUCUACGGAAAUUAGUCAAAGACUCCCAGGCCCCAAUAUCUCAAAAUAACUUAAGUCAAAUCUCAUUCUGAUUCUCAUCAAAUUUUACUAUAUAAAAUCUUUUUUUUUUUUAUAAUGAAUGGUCUAGAUUCAAUGAAAAUUAGUUCUUUAGGAAAAAAUGUAAUUUAAAGUACAACCCAUUGUUUAUUAGCAAUAACUAGAGUACAUUUUUUAUGGCGCUAGAAUUAACUUUCUUUCAAAUUUUACAAAAUGUUUUUAUCAGCACUUUCUGAGAAUAUUUGUUUUUUUGAAAAUAGUAAAACAUACAAAAUUUGAAUCAUAUUACGUUUUACGUGGUUAAAUAGGUUGAGGUUUAAAUUUGACAAGUAUUUUUGUGAUAUUGCGUCGGUCUCAUAAGAAAAAUCAUUUUAUUAUUGUACAAUAUUCUACAAGAUAUAUUAGAUAGAUCAUAUUCUAGUCAAAGGAAGGACAUUUAUUUCUUCAUUGAUCUACUCAUAAUUAAGACAGAUAUUAGCAUUUAUUACAGAUCUACACAUGUACAUUGUUUGUAUAAAUGCACCUUAAAAAAGUUCAAGCAAUUUCUGUUUUCGAACAGGACUUGUUAAUUUUUACUGUUAUCAUGGUUUAAACACUUGUUAACAUUUAAUUUUUAGUAGAAUUUACUUUCUUGAUGUUAAUUCGGGUGUAAAUAUUUGUCUGUGUUCAAUGUUUGCAGGGCGAUAAUUUUACAUGUUACCACAUGUUUAUGUUUGCUUAAAAAAUAUAUCUCA